UUAGUCACUCUAUCUUUAAUAUUCGUUUCAGAACACAUCGAUUUUAUUCAGACUGGAGUUUUAUAUUUUUAAAAAUUGAACAAAGUUUUAGCCAAAUCUUUAGACAGUGAACACAAUUACAAACCCGAUUUUAUCUAUAGCUUCGCAAGAUGGCGCAGUCCUACGUCUUCGAUGUGAUCCUGGUAAACACCAGUUUGCCAAUUCCUCGUAAAUCCGCGAGUUUUAGUGGAGGUGGUGGAAGACCCGUCUAUUCGGUAAGGUUGUUUGAGGACUUUGAGGAGUUGUCAGCGGAGCGUGUUUUGGUGGAUCAGUUUCCGCCGGAAGCACUGGGUGGCUUUACGGCCAGUCCCUGUGAGCUAAUUGGAGCACUGACCUCCAAGGGCGUAAGCGUAACCCUGAAGGAGAACGACGAGCUCAUAGGAUCGGGCAGCACCAUGCUGGACUCUCCCGUCCUGCGACAGCUGACGGAUCCCACCUUCUCGGUCACCGAGAAGCUGCUGGUGGAGCUGACCAAGGGCAAGAAUAGGGUUGGCGAGGUGGAGCUCCUCCUAAAGAUCAGCGCUGCUUCUCCAGACAUAAACCACGGCUUGAUUCCUUUUGGCUGCUACGAUGUGUGCAGGCCGGUGGAGAAUACGAUUAACAAGAGGGACAUCAUCUUCACCCUGGGACGCUCUGGGAAAUGUCCCACGAACAGUUGCAUCACGGAUGAGCGCCUGAUGUCGCAUGCCGGAGCACCCUUCCAGUGUCCCCACGCGGCCAGUGCAAAUGAGGAGGACACGGAUCACAGGGGAGGUGCCACCUCGGGAUGCGGAUGCUUCCUGAGGGGAAUGCAGGUUCCCCAGGAUGAGAAAACGGAGAGGAAGCGCGAGCGGGCUGCUCUGAAAAAGCUUGUCGACGAACUGGGCCUGGAUCAAACGAAGGUGCCCAAGCCUCCCAGUUCACAUGACAAGUCCCGUCGUUGGCAUUGCAAGUGCCGGUCACCCAAGACCACCACGGAUACUUCCUCCUCCUCGUCCUCCUGCGAUGCUAAUGAGUUCGAGGCGGACAGGCCUCCCAGAAAGAGAAAGGCCAUAUCGCUGACUGCUUCCAUGGAGCAGGCAGCUCGUCGCAGGCUGGUGGGCCUGUGUCCCCACAAGGAACCCCAACUGAAGCAGCAGGCCUACAGGCCACCGAAUCUCUGCCAGCUCUGCCGUUCGGACAUCAGCUGGCUGCCCAAGAUCUCCGCCUGCCCGUAUUGCGGGUAUAAGACCUUCGAGGACAUACAUCCCAGCGAGGAGCCCUACGAUCUUACUGCCACAGCUCAGCAACUCCUCAGGGAUUCCCUGCGCAAGGAGCCCUGUGAACUGGGCUCCUCCAAUACCUCCGAGGAUGAUGAGGCGAUGGGCGACAGGAUCCGGAAGUCCCAGGUCAACGAUGAUCCCAAUGUGCCCAAGCAAUGUGGCUGUCUGGGUGGGAAACCCUGUACCCGAUGUCGCAUUCGCAAGCUCUGCGAGAACUUCUUCAAGGAAUCCGAGUGCAAGGUAAAGCCCGUUGCCCUGCCACAGGCUGAGCCCGGCACUACGGCCAGAUCCUUACCAGAAAUCAAGAGUCCGGUGAAGAAAACCAACUCGGACACCUCACAGCGUCGCACCCAACUGAUCUCCAUCUUCACGGAGAUGCGGAAUAUGUAUGGCAAGAAGAAGGGCGCCGACGAGGCGGAUGCGGUGGCCCAGGAGCUGAGGAAGGAAUGCGAUGCAGCCUGUAGGAAGAGCAAGUCGCUCAAGGCCCGCCGAAAGGCCAGGAAGUCGCUGCAAAGGGCCCUGGACGAGAUUGACCGGGCCUAUCCCAAGCCCCCGAAAAUCAGAGCUAAGAGGAAGCCCGUCCACCGCAAGAAGUCCCGAUGCUACACCUUCCUGAAGUCGAGGAAGGAGCCCAAAGACCCCCGCAUAGGCCACAUGGACUGCAUCUCGGACAGCAAGUACACCGGCUACUGCAAGGUGCCCUGCCACAUGGGUUGGAUGUGGACCAAGAGCGAGAUGGCGCGCCACAAGUCCUGGCGACCCGGGGCCAUUUCCCGACCCAUCCGCCAGCUGAUGGCCUACUUCCUGAAGGACUUCCCCGCCGACAAUAUCUGCCUGUCGCGCUACCACUACCGCCGCCGGAAGUGCCCCAAGGAUCGGGGUGACCAGGAUGAGGAGCCUCUGGUGCAGCACCCCACGCUGCACAUAAGUCGCCGGGGGGACGAGUACAUCAUCACGCUGCGUCCGCUGAAGGAGCCGCGCGCCCUGGCCACCAGUGCCAACCCGUAUGCGGACAUGAAGCCCGUGGUCUUCCGCAUCACCAAGGAUCCGCUGGCCGCUGGUCUCCGCCAGAUUCGGGUGGCCCUGCAGGACAAGGGGUUCGCCCCCUGCACCUGCCGCCGCCCGGUGGCCAGCUGCUUCUGCCGGAGCCACAACGACAAGAAGCGGAUGCAGUUCGAGCUGGCCAGGGAGUGUCGCCAGCGGGGCUGGCCGGACAACUCGGACACCUUUGUCUACUCGCCGAACAGCGACGACGACGACAGUGAUCGGGAGUACGAGUUCGGGGUCACGCCCCCAGCGGGCGUUUUGAAGCCCGACCGCCGGCGGAAGCCGGACAGGGCGCAUGUGGAGACCCAGUACGUGGAUCACGACUGGGCAGCGCCCACCAUGUACCCGCAUCCGGCCAACAUGAUGGUCCAGUACGGCGGCUGUGUGAUGGGCGAGCGGAAGAAGAAGUUCCCCUGGCUCUACGGCAAGGGCAACAUCCACGCAGAUCCCCCAAAGCCCCGCAUGCGAAAUCCCCCAAAGAAGAAGCCACGCAAACAGCUCCCGUUCCGAAACGUUGGGGGCUACGACGAUCCCCGCCGCUUCGAUCCCACCCCUCUGAACAGACCUUGGCACAGGUCCGAUUCCCCCGUCCAUAUGUACUGAUCUUAUCUAUCGUCGUUUUAACCCUUAGAUCGCAAAAUUAUUGAUUAUGAUUUUGGCAUUCCAAUUAAAGACUGCAACUGAAUUGA